AUGGUGGUCGAGCGAGGUAAUAUUCAACAGUAUCUAUACGACCUCCACGACGGGCCAGAACAGGAAGAAAGGGAUCGCAAAAUACAGAUGGUACCCACGCCCGAAGGCGAAGCUUUGGCUUGGAUAGACCCCGAGCUGUCUCCAAAGCUGCUAGGUUAUGAUCACAUUGAAGAUGUUAACGCGCGCUGGGGCACUCCACAAAUCAAUACUAUAGAAUCUCGACUAUAG